AUGACCCUCCAGAGCGCGCAACGUCAAUCCAAACAGCACGAUAUUUGCUUCAUCAACAAACCACGCAAACCAUCGAAUUUCGACGCCGCAGCAUCUCGGACACAUUACCAAUGUUCCGAGCUUACUCUCCAGCGAAAUAAGGACGUCGCGAGGACGUUUGCCGGUCUUGCGGGCUUGUCGCGAAUUACACUCGUUUCUGCGGUGCAUGCGCGUGAGAGGGGGCCCCCGAUGGCAACGAACAAGCCAUUUGGCUCUGCGAAAGCCUCCAUCACCCAACCAUGGCCACCGCCCACAUCGCUCUUGAAGAACUCCCACCAUCCAAGAGAUGAUACUCCCGCGCGAUCCAAUACCAAUACUCCAAGUCUCCCCUUCGAUGAUGCGUCAAUGGCUGAACCGGGCGCCGUAAUACAGUCUGAAGGGGAUAUAGAGGAGGAGCACCAGAAGACCAUCUUCAAGGAGCUGUAUCGACGCAGUGAGGCAAGGAUCACUGAAUUAUUUGGGGGCGUGGCACAGGGGGAGCAGAUAUCUGCGGAGGAUACGUCGGCGCAACAGGAUCAAUUGACAGAUGAACCCAAUAUCAGAGAACCGGCCAAGGACCAAGCCCCCAAGAAGGCCGCGCGAACCAUUGACGAGGACAACUACGAUGAUGAAGACGAUGAGGAUGAUGAAGAGGAGGAUGUGCAGACAUCCCCUCUUAAAAACAAAUCAGCCAACGCGUUAUUGUCGCCCUCCAAGUCCGGAAGUUCCCCCGUCUCCUCAGAUACAUCUCCCACCAAGCCUACCGAGCCGAAACAGGAAGACUCCUCGCCAGAAGAGCCAAAGUCUUCCGAGGAUGCGCGAAAGGAGCUCGAGGAAGAGAGGAAAGCUACAGAGGAAGCAGCCAAGCGCAGUUUUCACACCAUAUUCUAUACUUUAGAGAACGAUAGAGUUGCUAUGUUGGAACAGCAAAGAUUAGAAGAGGCCGAGAAGCAAAUAAACGCCGAGAUGGACAAUAGCGGGAGUACCAGUAAUGCAAAUGCUAAGGGCGAACAACACGGUACUCUGAGUAGCGCCAACCUCGGCGCAUCCAGCUUGACCCUCAAGCAUCUUAUUGCCCGAAUCGACCUCAAGCGCGAGAAGGUCAAGGCUUCAGAUGCUGAGCUCCGUGCUUUGAUGAACGAGGUCCGGAAGAAUAGGAGUAAAUGGGCCAGUGAGGAAAAUGUCAACCAGGAGGAACUCUACGAGGCUAUUGAAAAGGUCUUGAGUGAACUCAAGGCCAUGACGGAAUAUUCAGCUCCUUUUCUCACCAGAGUCAACAAGCGAGAAGCACCUGAUUAUUACAACAUCAUCAAAACCCCAAUGGAUCUCGGGACCAUGACCAAGAAAUUGAAACAGCAGGUUUACAAGUCCAAAGCCGAUUUUGUUGCAGACUUAGAUCUGAUCUGGAGUAAUUGCUUGAAAUACAAUGCAGAUAUUGCUCACCCUCUACGACGAAACGCAAACUCAAUGAGAAAAGAAGCAGAAAAGCUCAUCCCGUUAAUCCCAGACCUCGUCAUUCGUCCAAGAGCAGAGGUCGAAGCCGAGGAAAGGCGGAAACAGAACGGCGGUGAAGAUGACGCUGGAGAUGAUAGUGACGAUGAACCUAUCAUGUCAUCUAGGGGACGAAAAGCGGGCGUAAAAGGCUCGUCAAAAGCAAGAAAUGCUGCUCCGGAGCGCGAUGAGGGAACUCCUGUGGUAGACCAGAAACCGUCCCUUCAGGUGAACGGCCUUCUCAGUACUCUUGGUCACGAGGGCUCUGAUGCAGGAUUCGACAGUAAUGGAUUUGGCACUCCACCAAUUGGCUCGAUCACUCCUAGCGGGCUCAACGGCAUGCCAGGCAUCGGAAGCCAGGCUGAUGGUGAUAUCGAUGGGCCAUCCAUGAAUGGAUUAUCCUUAGGGCAAGCACUUGGUGCUGCUGCGGAAGACCUCCGUGAGGAUGAGGAGUACAGAAUCUGGAAACAAGUGACAAAGAAGGACCGUGCUUUUGUGGCAAAGGAACGUAAUCGUCUUUUCAAAGGAGAUAAACUAAAUCCUGAAGAGCCUGCAUUAAUGAGAAGUAAAGCUGGCAUGAGAAGAUGGAUCCGCCAACAGAAGCAGGCGCAAAACGACACCUCACGUCCAAAUGUCAAUGGCAAAGAUGCAAACGAGACGGUCGAAGGUGGCGACACGCUUGCGGAAGGAAUGGAAGCUGAAGAAGAACGUGUUCUUCCUGAUUAUUAUGACCCUCUAUCGGCUAUACCAGACAUCAACCCCAAACUUCAGUGGGUUGAGGAUUCUGAGGGGAAUGUGAUCGAUCAGCAAUCGGAGGACUUCCUCCGCAUGGUUAAGCCAGGUCACUUCAUGGCUCCCAAGGGCUUUUUAUCUGCCAAGGUUGACGCCAACAUGAAGCAAAUGCAAGAAACAAGGAAGCUUACCUCGAAAAUCAGUGUUAUCAAGCAGAUGCAAUUGCAAGCUCAAAUGUACAAUAAUCAAUUUCCAAAAUACGAGCCAGAACCAUUUGUCGAGGCCGAUAUCGAACCACAUGUCAUGUCCGAUGACGGACCAGUUAUGGCUCCUUGGGUUUGCAAGGCGGCAAUGCAACGUUCUGUUGCCAAACUUUGCUACCACGCAGGUUUUGAAGAGCUUCAACCAAGUGCUUUGGAUGUCAUCACUGAGGCCGCAGCUGAUUACUUCGAAAAGCUAGCGCGUACCGUCAAUGUUUACCGAGAAGCGCCCAAGGUUCCAGCUAUUGGCGCAGCCGCCGCGGGUGGGAAGAAGUGGCAGGCGCGCUACACUGAUGAAGAAGUCAUCCUCCACUCUCUUAGCGAAAAUGGCAUCGAAGUGGAAGCCUUGGAGAGCUAUGUUAAAGACGACGUCGAGCGCUUUGGUGGUAAACUUGGAGUUAUGCACGAACGCAUGAAAGCCCACCUUUCCGACCUUCUCCGUCCUGCUCUGGCAGACAAUAGCGCAGAUGGAUCUGGACAAUUCAAUGACGGCAGUGAGCAGUUUGUUGGUGGUGACUUCGCCGAAGAGUUAGGUGAAGAUUUCUUCGGCUUCAAGGCUCUAGGCCUUGAUUCAGAAUUCGCCAUGUCAAGUCUCUCCGUACCCUUACAUCUUUUACACGCCAAAAUCCAUAAGAUCGGUGGCCCAGGAAUCCAGCCCGAGCAAGCGACCACAACCGAUAUCUUCCCGCCUCCAAUAUCCUUCGACCCUGUCACCAAAGAGAAUCUCCCCGACCAGAUCGGUCUCGUCAGGAACUUCUUCCUCGCCAAGUUACAUGCCAAUGAAGAUGAGCCGCUCCUCGAAGACGAGGAUCUACCCACGAAGCAAAAACCCCCAAAGCCCCGUCUCGGCCCCACAGGCAAGAUCACCAGCCCGCGAAAAAGGCCCCUCAAAGAACAAACUGGCAACGCGAAGAAGAAGAAGAAGCUCGACAACGGCACCGCGAUGGACACUACACCCAAUGCAAAGACCAGCGGCGUUAACGCCAGCCCCGAAAAAGGGUCCGUAACAGCAUCCGCCAAAAAGCUGAAGCUGGGCUUACCGAAUGGAGGACCUGUGUCUAUGGAACAAGCUGACAGCAGUCAAGGAAAUGCGAGCCAGACGGAGAAAGAUGACGUUGGUAUGAUUAGUCCAGAGAGCAUUGAGCGAUAG